GGCUAGAGGAGCUGGGCGAGAGGGCUUUUCUCCGGGGGUAAGUUCGUGUCCAGUCUUCCUUGGCGAAAUCCCGGCAGCGCCAGCGCCAGCGCCAGCGUCCUUCUCUCUCGCAUCGUCGUCGCAUCGUUCCAUCGCAUCAAUCUGUUCUUAAGGUGAAAUAUCUGGAAGGAGUAGCUGUUCUGGGGGAUUGGAUUGCUUUCCUGGAGUGCCGCUGCAUUACACUCUCCCUCUUUUCAUUGCCGGGUUUUAGGUCGCGAGGUUUUCUUUCUUCCUGUAUCGACAAAAUGGCAACGAGGGCUGUGUGUAGAAGCGUCCAGUUUUGCAAGCUCCCAACCGCCGUCAUUUUUUUUUCUACAGGGAAAGGAAAAAAAGUUUGAAGGUUUGUGAAAAAUGGCUAGUGAAACAGAUGAGAAUUCGGUGAUUGCUAUGCUCUAUGAGUAUGGGGAACGACUUAGUAACUCGGAAGACAAGUCGAAGAAUGAAAGUGACUACCUCGGUAUCAUAGAAGCAGCAAAGUCUAAAGGAAAGGUGAAGCAGCUCGCCGCGCAGCUGAUUCCUCGCUACUUCAAGUACUUCCCCAACUUGUCGGUCCGGAGCCUGGAAGCACAGCUCGAUUUAUGCGAGGAAGAGGAGCUUGGGAUUACUGUUCAAGCUGUCAGAGGACUAGCCACAAUUUGCAAGGAUUCGAAAGAUUUGCUUCCAAAAGUCGCGGAUGUGUUGGGGCAACUGCUGAUUACAGAAGAACCACUUGAGAAGGAUGCUGUUCAGAAAGCUCUCAUGUCCAUCUUAAGACAAGAUGCCAAAGCUACUCUUACGGCACUGUUUAAGCACGUUGAAAACAGCGACGAGAACCUCCGCGAGAAAGUCUUGGCUUUCAUCCGUGAGAAGGUAUUCCCUUUAAAGAAUGACCUCCUUCAACCGCAAGAAGAAAUGGAGCGUCACGUAACGGAUCUAAUAAAGAAGAGCCUACAAGAUGUUACAGGAGCAGAGUUUAAAAUGUUCAUGGAGUUCCUUAAGAGUCUUAGCAUUUUUGGCGAGAAAGCUCCGCAAGAGCGCGUGCAGGAGCUUUUGGAAAUUGUAGAGUCGCAGGCUGAUUUGGAUUCGCAGUUCAAAGUAGAGGACACCGAUCACAUUGACCGCUUAAUGGCGUGUUUGUUCAUGUCGCUUCCUUUCUAUGCGAGGGGUGCUUCAAACAGCAAGUUCCUGAACUAUAUCAACAAGUCGUUGUUUCCUGCCUUCGAUAAGCUACCAGAAGACAAGAAAACUGAGUUGCUAAAGAAAAUUGCCGAGAGUGUGCAAUUCUCGUCGGCGCAAGAUGCCAGGAAUCUUCUGCCUACCAUCUUGCAAUUGUUGAAGAAGUACAUGCCGAAAAGGAAAACAACGGAAGAGUUCAACUAUCUGCAUGUAGAAUGCCUGCUGUAUGCGUUUCACCAGCUUGCACAUAAGUCGCCAAAUUCUACAAAUAGCCUUUGUGGAUAUAAGAUCGUGACUGGCCAACCAUCUGACCGUCUCGGGGAAGAUUUCACCGACCUUUACAAGGACUUCAUUGAGAGGCUGGAAGUUGCGGAAAGCCUUUCGAAAUCCACGCUGAAAAAAUUGACGCAAGGGAUGACUAAAGUACCAGCUGCCAAAGACGAGAACGCAAAAGCAGAAGAAAAAGCGAAAAAAGUAGCAUUAGGGGUUGGACUGAGAUCCUGCAACAACAUCACGAAGCUGAUAACGCCUUUGAAACAAAAAACACCAGAGUUCCUCGGCGGCCCAAAGAACUUCAAUCCCUCGUGGAAGGAGGCGGCUAAGCCCGCCGCAGCCGCAGCCACAGCAACACAGGCUUCCACGCCAGCCAAUUCGGGAGCCAAGCGUCCAGCAGCUGCAAACAAUGGAGCGACCACAAAGAGGGCUCGAGGCGAGCAACAUCAACACCAACAGCGUCAACCCGAGCAGCAGCACCUCGUCAACAAGGCCUUCGCCGGAAUCUCUCGAGGCGGAGGUGGUGGUGGCGGCGGAAGGAGGCAGUGGCGAGCUGGUCGUGGGAGAGGCAGGAACUACUAUUGAGCGAGGUCCGUCUUUAUCACUCCUUGGUUUUUCGAAGAAAACGAGACGAGACAGGAAUUUACAGGAAAGUAUUCCAUCCGUUAAAAGACUAACAAAGCAAUCGUAGCAAGGCUUUUUCCGGUGAAGAGAAGCUGCUGUCAUUUCUCUCA